AUAUCUAUGAUCCAACCUGGCGUUUCUUCAAAAAUCGCAGAAAUACAAACAAACAACCUUGCUACACGCAAAGACGAGCAACAAAUCACGGUGAAAAACUAAUCCUUUCUUGAUUAAUUCGCUCUACGUACAUAGUGUAAAGAUGAACCGUUUGUUCGGUAAAUCGAAACCCAAAGAACCGGGCCCAAGCAUCAGUGAUUGUAUCAGCGGGGUCGAUGCACGGGCGGAAGCAAUCGAGGGAAAGAUCAAAACGUUGGACAAUGAGCUGCGCAAAUACAAGGACCAGAUGGCCAAGAUGCGCGAGGGGCCGGCCAAGAACGCCGUCAAGCAGAAGGCGAUGCGGGUGCUGAAGCAGCGCAAACAGUACGAAAGCCAGGUAGAGAACCUGCGGAACCAGUCGUUCAACAUGGAGCAGGCCAACUUUGCGCACCAGACGCUGAAGGACACGCAGGCAACGGUGAGCGCCAUGAAGGACGGCAUGAAGUCGAUGAAGAAAGAGUUCAAAAAGAUCAACAUCGAGGAGAUCGAGGACAUACAGGACGACAUGGCGGACAUGCUGGAGCAGGCGGACGAAGUGCAGGAAGCGAUGGGCCGAACGUACGGCAUGCCCGAGCUGGACGAUGAUGAGCUGCAGGCCGAGCUGGAUGCGCUCGGUGACGAGAUUGCCCUCGACGACGAUGCCAGCUACCUGGACGAUGUGGUGAAAGCGCCGGAAGCACCGGACAAGGAACCGGGUGCGGAUAGCGUCACCAAUAAGGACGGUAUACUGGUGGACGAGUUCGGCCUGCCAAAGAUUCCUGCCUCCGUCAAAACGACCUAAGCGGCUUUGGCGCAGCAUCCUGCCUGUGCGAUGAUUCAACUAUUUGAGUGGCCUUCUUCAAUUAAACACUCCCUCGUGUAUUCGGCAUCAUCUGCAUGGCGUUUGCCUUUAACUUAUGUUUAAAUACAGCACCCGUAAUCAGCCCACGGCAUACGAGAAAGCACCACUGUUUUGUAAGUGAACCGUAUUUUCUUUACCAUAUUAUAUUUUAUCGAAUGA